AUGCUUGCUGUAUGCAGAUUAGAUGGCGAUCAGUUGUCAUUCCGUGCCGGUCGAUCUAGCAUUGCACACCCACGCAGCGAAAAACGACUGGACUCGGCAGAAGGCAUUGCAGAAGCUGUUUAUAAAAGGCGAAAAGAUAUUCAGACUCUUUCCGGAGUACGUGUUGAUGAAACGGGAAUUGGAAGCGGCGAUGUAAGUUUGUUUCCUGUAAAAAUAACGUGA